GGGCCGAUUCCCAUCUCUCCACCACUGUUCCCCAUCUCUCCACCGCUCGACGUGAGUGACAGGCCACGAACCCUAGUUUGUGGCGGCGUGUACUCCAUGGCCGGCGAUCCCUCCAUGGCUGGCGGUCCCUCCAAGGUCGGCGGCGAUCCCUCCAUGGCCGGCGGCGAGGAAUCCCUGGACAACGGCGAGGAAUCCAUGGACGGCAGCUCCUCCCUUCCUGGCGACGCGGCGAGGCCUCCACGCGCCGGCGGCGAGGAAUCCCUGGGCUGCGGCUCCGAGUGUAUCUUCUCCACAAGCGAUGCUCGAAGCCUGGGACCUAGCGGUGCGGCGGUACAUGGUGUAACAGGCCACGCUCAGUGCCCUCCCAAUGAUGACUCUCUGGUCCGUGGCGGCUUAAUGAGCAGCGAACACUCCAUGAUGGUUCUCAGUAAUGGAGGUGAGCAGAGGAACAAAGGGAUCCCUCGGACAUUUUGCAUUAAAUUGAAACUUGUUGUCACAAUUCGCUCAUAUUUUGCCACGCCGGAUGGGGAGCCAAAGAGAUAUUACCCACGUAGAACAUUAAGACCACUUGCUGUUGACACCAAAUUUAGACUAUUACAAUUGGUAGACUUUAUAGGUGAGACAUUCAUAUGGGGUUCUAAGCAAUAUUUAAAGUUGUGGCGUUGUUUGGAUGAUGAUUUCGUAGAGAUAAAAACUGACGAGGACUUGUUACAAUGGUUUGAAGUCACUAUGCAAAAGGGAGUAGUGCGUAUUGAAGGGGAGGUUCAUGAUUUUGAGGGACCUUUGUUGUUUUCACCUACAAAACGUAGGUUCCACCCAAAAGUGAGGAGUAGAGUGGUAAAUGGGGAGCCUACAUUAAACAUCAGUGACCCGUUAAGAUCAAAGAGGAGAGUUGCACAUGAUGACUCUGACACGGAAUCACUGAAGGCACUAAGUGAUAGCAGCUAUGAUAGUGAUUUAGCCGCAUCCUCCGACUCUGAUCUUGAUUUUUCUGACUCUGAAUAUGAUCCUGAUGCUGAAAUAUUGGAUGAAGAUGAAGAUGAUGAUAUCCCUACCUUUGCAUAUGAUGUGGAUAAUCCUUGUAUUGAUAAGGAUGUGAUGUUCCCAGAUGUGGAUGCAUGCAAGUCUGCAGUAACUCAUCAUGUUAUUUUACAUGAUUAUGCUUAUGAGACAGUUAAGAAGUGCAAGAAAAGGUGA